AUGGUAGACGAUGAAACAGGUAUUUUAAGAUUAAUUAGUGAUAGUAAAGAUGUAAUAAUCACUCUUAAAAUGUAUGAAAAGGAUUCAGAGUUAAUACUCCAACGCUUAGAAAAAAGCACUGAAAAAGGAGUACUGACUCGACAGAACGAAACGAUACCAUCAGCAAAUCACACAACAGUGAAUUUGCCCCAGUUACCGUUACCAAUAUUUGACGGUAACCCAAAGUUAUGGAGAGGAUUUUGUAGUAGCUUUGAUGCUGCAAUACACCUCCAAAACAUCCCAGAUAUCCAAAAAUUAAAUUAUCUUAUUGCUUGUUUGAAAGGUAAUGCCUUACAAGCUGUAAGGGGAUAUGAUAUAACCCCAGAAAAUUACAAUGUUAUCAGAACGGUUCUUGUCGAAAAAUUUGGUCAAUCAUAUACAAUCAAGAGGUCACUCUAUAAUGAACUGUACUCGACCAAAAAGAAUGAUCGGGAAUGGAGAGUGACAAUUGAAAGUAUCGAAAGAAUACUGCGACAGCUGGAAGCCAUGGGCGAGAACCUGGAGCAGUCAAGUAUUGAAAUAAUAGUUGAAAGCAGACUGCCAGCAUGGAAGGAUUUAAGGAUUCUUGAAAGGAUUUAUCAACAAAAGGAACAGGAAUCAUGGUCAGUAAAUAAGCUAAGACAAUUUCUCGGGAAACUAGUGCUCAGAAGUGAAGAAGUAAUGAGGAUCCAAUCCCUGAACAUGACAAAAAAUCAAGAACCAGUAAAGAGUAAGUCAAAACCAUUUUCACGAUUUAUCCCUAAUGAAACUUCAGCAUUAUCGGUCAAUUCCCAAAUCAAAGGCGAAAGAAUUAAAACAAAAAGACCCUGCACAUUUUGUAAUAAAGAUCAUUGGGAUAAUGAGUGUCAGGUUUACUCAACAGUAAAACAAAGGACGAAACGUUUGAAGGAAUUAAAGCCCUGUUUGAACUGCUUUGAUAAUAGUCACAAGACGACGGAUUGUAAAAGCAGAAAACGUUCCUGUUUUUACUGCAAAGGCCCUCACAACACAGCACUAUGCGAAGAGAAGUAUCAAGGGCACGACGAAUCAAAUAAAGAAGAAGCCAAGUCCGUGAACGUCAAUAUUACAAACAAAAACCAAACAGAUCAAAGGGAAAAAGAAGUUUUACUUCUGUGCAGAAAAGUCAAUGUUGUCAAUCCAGUUAAUCAGGAGAUUCAAAGCGAAGCUAUAGUACUCUUCGAUACUGGUGCGCAAACAUCGUUUGUCUCAAAAAAAUUGGCGCAAAAAUUAAAAUUAGAGGUUGGUGAAAGUGUAAUCAUGAGGAUUGCCUCAUUCAGCAACAAAUACUCAACUUCAUCUCCGUACUAUACAACGGUUAUUAGAGUAAAAACCACUGACUCCCAGACCAUAUUCCUCAAAAUGAAGGUGAUAGAAUAUUUAACCAACUCACUGCCGGUAAUUCCAUUAGACCAACUGGACAUACCAAGUAUCUCGAGUCAAAUUCAAUUAGACAGAAGUUUAAGAUGCGUAAAACGCCCCGAUAUACUCAUCGGAGCUGAUUACUUCUCUCAGUUCACUACCACAGCAAAACCCCCUAUGAAAUCAGAAAAAAUCUAUAUUGAGGCAUCGAUGAAUAUAAGAAAAUUCUUCUCGAACGAUAAAAGUUGCAAUACUCAAUUACCCAGUUACGAUCUUGCAGAGGAGAUACCACGCGCUGUUAUCAACAUAUUUCAAUAUACAAGUAUCCACGUGUUCACUGACGCGUCCAUCAAAGCAUAUGCAGCGGCAAUUUAUGUGAAACAGAAUCCGACAACGUCCUUGAUUUUUGCCAAGUCAAGAGUAGGCCCAAUCAAAACGAUGACGAUACCGAAACUCGAACUAUUAGCAAUCUUAAUUGGAGUAAGAGCAGCUCAAUUUGUUAUCAAACAAUUGGAAUUUGAAAAUGCACAGAAUGGACCCGAAUGGCUAAAGGAGAAAGAAUCAAACUGGCCCCAUUGGGAAUAUGAUAUCAAACAAGAAAGCGAUAACGAAGAAACCAUAGACGAAGAAGGAGAACAAGUAGUAGUUACAGCGAUUCAAGAAACUAUUACCAAAACAUCAAUCAGAUUUGUCGAUGCGAAUCGGUUCAAUUCAGCAAUUGGUCACGAAUGGUCCGAACUACCGUAA